GCGUCUAUGGGUGGUGUUAGUACACGUCUGUUUCAACUCCCAGCCUGACAGAAUUUGUGUUUUUUUCUUCUUUUUUGUGUGUGUGUGUGUGUAACCACGCCUACACAGUGGCUGCCAAGACUUACCCAUGAGUUAAACCUUUAGUUGGUAAUGAGGAAGGCGUGGGCUCUAGCAGUGGACACCCGAAGGCAGCAGUGGGUGAAAACAAGCAAAAUAAAGAAACGUUUGGCUGUGAGAAGGUGCUAGACAGCCAGCCAUAGUGACGAGGAGGCAGGAAGGUACAUCACCACCACCAUCACCACCACAGAGAAGAUGUCACGCAAGAAGCUGGAGGAGCUGCUGGCCAUUGAGCGGCAGACACAGAAGCAGUGGGAGGAGACCAAAGUGUUUGAGGAAGAUGCACCAGCCAAGGGAAAGGCUGAGAAGUACCUGGCCACCUUUCCUUAUCCUUACAUGAAUGGCCGUCUCCACUUGGGCCACACCUUCACCCUAACCAAGUGUGAGUUUGCCGUUGGGUAUCACCGCCUUAAGGGCAAGAAAUGUCUCUUCCCCUUUGGUCUUCACUGCACAGGAAUGCCCAUCAAGGCAAGUGCAGACAAGCUGAAGCGAGAAGUGGCUGACUUUGGCUGUCCUCCAAAGUUCCCAGAGGAGGAAGAGGAGCAGCAGCAAGAGGUACAGGAAGUGACCAUCAAGGAUAAAUCAAAGGGCAAGAAGAGCAAGGCUGCAGCCAAGACAGGAGGCAUGAAGUACCAGUGGCAGAUCAUGCAGAGUCUUGGGCUGCAGGACAGUGAGAUUCAGCAGUUUACUGAUGAGGACCACUGGCUGCGUUAUUUCCCACCUCGCUGCAUUGAAGACCUCAAGCACCUCGGCCUGCAUACUGACUGGCGGCGCUCCUUCAUAACCACCGACCGUAACCCUUAUUAUGACUCCUUUGUGCGGUGGCAGUUCUUCCGCCUCAGGGAGAGAAAGAAGAUCCAGUUUGGGAAAAGGUACACUAUUUACUCCCCUAAGGAUGGCCAGCCUUGCAUGGACCAUGACAGGUCAUCAGGGGAAGGAGUUGGGCCACAGGAAUACACCCUCAUCAAGAUGCGUGUGCAGGAGCUGACUGGCAAGCUGAAGGCUCUCGCUCCCAGGCCCGUGUUCCUCGUAGCUGCCACCCUGAGACCUGAGACCAUGUAUGGUCAAACCAACUGUUGGCUAGGCCCGGACCUGACUUAUGUUGCAGUGGAGACCAAACAAAAGGAGGUAGUGGUGUGCACACGCAGGGCAGCACGGAACAUGGCCUACCAGGAGAUGCUGAGUGUUGAGAAUGAGGUGAAGUCAAUUCUGGAAGUGAAGGGAAAGGAACUGAUGGGACUCAAACUUUCAGCUCCCCUCACCAGCUAUGGGACCAUCUACACCCUGCCUAUGCUCACUGUGAAGGAGGACAAGGGCACUGGAGUGGUGACCUCAGUGCCUUCUGAUGCACCUGAUGACUUUGCAGCACUGGUGGACCUGAAGAACAAGCCGGCACUGAGGGAGAAGUAUGGCAUUACAGAGGAGAUGGUUAAUGUGGAACCUGUGCCCAUUAUUGACGUCCCAGAGUAUGGUACUCUCAGUGCUCCAACAAUCUGUCAGAUGAUGGGCAUCAAGUCUCAGAAUGAUAAGGACAAGCUGGUAGAAGCCAAGGAGAAGGUUUACCUGCGAGGCUUUUAUGAAGGAACCCUCAUUGUAGGAGAGUUUAAGGGGAAGAAGGUUCAGGAUAUCAAGAAAGGAAUACAGGAGAAGCUGGUCAAGAGCAAGGAAGCAAUGGUGUACCAGGAGCCAGAGAAGCAAAUCAUAUCCCGGUCUGGAGAUGAGUGUGUGGUGGCUCUGUGUGAUCAGUGGUACCUGGACUAUGGCGAGCCCAAGUGGAGGGCAGAGACUCAGAAGAAUUUGAACAGCUUGGAAACUUAUCAUGAAGAGGUGAAGCGGAACUUUGAGGCCACGCUGGAUUGGCUGAAGGGUCAUGCGUGCUCCAGAACUUACGGGCUUGGCACCUACCUGCCUUGGGAUGAGAAAUGGGUGAUUGAGUCCUUAUCUGAUUCCACUAUUUACAUGGCUUACUAUGCAGUAGCUCACAUCCUGCAUCCCGAUGUGUAUGGCCAAGAGAAGGGUGAGUUUGGCAUCACUCCAGAGCAAAUGACACCUGAAGUAUGGGACUAUGUAUUCCACCAAACUAACAAGCCACCAAAGACACCUAUCAAGAAAGAAGGGCUAGAGAAAAUGAGAAAUGAGUUUGGCUUUUGGUACCCUGUGGAUUUGAGAGCAUCAGGGAAAGACUUGGUGCCAAACCAUUUGACGUACUACUUGUACAACCACACUGCAAUCUGGCCAACUCAACCCGACAAGUGGCCCCAGACCAUCAGAGCUAAUGGCCACCUUCUUCUGAAUUCAGAGAAGAUGUCAAAGUCAACUGGGAAUUUCUUGACAUUAGUGGAUGCUCUUAAUAACUUUGGGGCAGAUGGAACCAGACUGGCCCUGGCUAACUCUGGAGACUCGGUGGAGGAUGCAAACUUUGAGACUCAAGUAGCAGACUCUGCUGUGCUCAGGCUGUGGACGUUUGUGGAGCUGGUGAAGGAAAUGCUGUCAGAAAAGGCCUCAAUGCGCACUGGCUCGUCCUUUACAGUUAAUGACAGGAUGUUCACCGCAGAGAUGAACCUAAAGAUAAAGGAGACUGAUGAACAUUACAAGAACUUGAUGUUUAAGGAAGCCCUUCGCACCUGCUUCUUUGAGUACAGCAACUUGUUUCACCAGUACAGGGAAAGAGCACAGGUUCAAGGGGGACUUCACUGGGAUCUUGUCCAUCGCUACUUCAUCACUCAAGUAAUUAUUUUGUCCCCAAUCUGUCCACAUGUGUGUGACUAUGUGUGGCAGGAAGUGCUGGGUAAUAAGGAAUCCAUCCUUAACACCACCUGGCCAGUCAUUGAUGAGCCUGACCUCACCCUGGUGCAAGCUUCUGAAUAUCUUGCUGAAGCUUCUCACCGUUUCCGUCUCCGCUUGAAGGCCCACAUGACCCCCAGCAAGCCCAAGAAAGGAGAGGCACCUGCACCACCUCAGGUACCCUCGCAUGGCAUUAUCUGGAUUGCAAAAACCUUUCCCAAGUGGCAGAGCACCAUUCUGGCAACAAUGCAAGAUCUUUACAAGGGUAACAACAAUUGCCUCCCAGAUAACAAAACACUCAGCAAGGCCCUGGGUGCCAACCCUGCCCUCAAGAAGUACAUGAAGAAGGUAAUGCCAUUUGCUCAACUGGUGCGAGAGAGAAUGAACACCAUUGGAGAGAAGGCCCUCAAAAACACUGUUGACUUUGAUGAAAGAAGUAUCUUGGAAGAGAACCUUGACUAUGUGCGUGGAACUCUAGAUCUGGAGGGACUGAGUUUGGGGUGGACUGAGGACUGCGACAAUGAGCGUACACAAGAAGAAGUGGUGCCCGGGGAACCUUUCAUCACCUUCACCACAGCACCAAACCUCUCUCUCACUCUGGUCAACCCUCAAGCUCAUGCCGGCCUGUUCCAAUGUUGUCUGCCUGUCUAUGAGGGAGAUACUGUGGCUGCCCUGGUCACGCGCCUCAAGCGACGGGAGCGUGCCAUUAAGCCGUCCAUGAAGGUCACACUUCACAGGUACAAGGAUCCUCUGCUUGGCCCUCGCAGCAUACCAACUCUGGCAGGAGUACUCCAGGGCAUGGAAGAGAUGGGCGAGCAAGUGACUCUCUCUCUAAAGGACAGUGCUGUUCACUUUACCUCUAAUGGGUCCACACUCUUCCUUGGAUCAAAGAUCCUUUACAUGGCACAGUAGUAUUUCGUGUUUGAAGUGUGGAUGGGAUAGGAUGUUGGGGAGGUAUAGUAUUUUACACUUGAUUCUAGGUCAGGGGAAAAUAUAUAUGAAAAUCAGCAAGUUUAUAAUUUAUUAUAAUCCAAAAGAUUUGCAUAUAAAGUUUCUAAGUUACAUAAACUUACUGCCAAGUUAUGUACAAGCUGCACAUUGCAGGAUCAUAUACAUAUCUCAUACUGGAGGGUUAGAAUACAAGUCCAGGCUGUCAAUUUACAAGCAGACCUUCCCUCCUAUGAUGCAUUCAGAGUAUUAGGCCAGUGAUAUUGUGAUGCAUUGUACAGCCAUGACUUACCUUACAGAUAAGUUAAAGUCACAAGAAUGCCUAAUGCAAUACACUCAGGAUAAAUAUAGUUGUGAUUGUUCAUUUUAGUUUUCUUGUAAAUUCAUUCAGCUUUGAUGUUAUCAGCAAUUUAUAUCUUUUGCAGAAACUUUCCAUUGAGAAAGAGCUGCCCUUGGUUGAGUGUGAGAGACAAUGACAUCAUAUUUCAAUUAUCCUGCACAGUGUAGUGCAGUAAGAAUGUCAUUCCAAUUAAUACAGUGUUUUACAAAGUGUUUUACAAUUACAGGUUGUGUAAAAAACAUUUUGGGCAAUAAUCAUCAUAGAAUCAUACAAAAACAAUCUGACAUGCUGGUUAGUUCAUACACCACUGACAUUUACUUGAAAAUGCAUUCCUAACUAAGUAAUGAUAAGCAAUGCAAUCAGCAUUUUAUUACAUCUUUUUCAUAGAAAAACUUAAUCUUGGUUUUAAGGGUUUUUAGCACCAAGCCUGUAAGUGACUGUUACUGAGGAUGUUACAUAGGCAUGCUCAUAUUAGGGGAAUUUGAGGUUUGAACAUAUGCUUCCCUAACUCAUUCAUGUAAUUUUGUUAAUUUAAGUUUCGACCGACAUCUUCCUGCACACCACUGAUAAUGUUUUACUUAAAUCAUCUUCAUACGAGCUGCAAGUUUACUAUAUAUGAAUGUAGUGAUGCAUUAUGCUUUGUGCCAACCAACAAAAGUGCAUAAAUAGCACUGCAUGCAAUAAAAUUGCUAAUAUGGUAAACAGUAUACUGGUUACAAAUUAUUGUAAAUAUUGUAGACAAAUCUGAGAUGUAAGAAGCAAGCAUAUUACAAAAAUAGAGGACAAUUUCUGGUGUCAGAUGAGAAAACUGGUGCACAGCAAGUAGUAUGACAAAAAUUGCUUGAUCACUGAUGAUUGUCUGCCUGUUACACACACUGCAUCACAAUACUCCUGCUUUCCUUCUGCACACUGCAUCAGAGCAAUAUACGAGCAUCUCACAUUAUGAAUAAUGAAAGUGGGAUUGAUUAACAUGGUCAUACAGUACAAAAUCUCAGUGCAACCUUAAACAUGCUUCAUACACUAUGUUCAAGAUUCCUAAAUAAUAAGCGGAAGGUACAAUGUUCUUCCAUCAAGGAGCCUCUGAUCAGCCUGCUGCAACCUACAUACACUUGGUAGCAGUUUAACAUUGGCAGAUUCGUUCACCUUUGUGUUUGUUACAACCCAUCAACAUUUUAUAAAUAUGGAUACUCAUGA